AUGCCACCCACCACACAAAUCCAGGAACGUGGUGGUGUACUGGAGUGUUGUUGGAGCGCAUUGUGGAACGUUACAGAUGAAACUCCAGAGAACUGUGAGUUGUUCAUAUCUCACGGUGGUAUAAAACUCUUCAUGGAUUGUAAAUUGGAACUGGGGGAUCAAAGGGAUCUCGUGCGAAACAUGCUAGGACUGAUGGGUAAUGUGGCAGAAGUGGCUGAACUGAGAUCAAAACUGAUGGUGAUUGCCCAUGUUUUCUAUGAUCUGUUGCAAACUGAGGGUCAGUUAGAAGUGACUUACAAUGCUGCAGGUAUCAUCUGUCACUUGGCCUUUGACGGCCCAGACAACUGGACUAACCACAUGGUGUCACGUGACAAAGCACUCGAUCGAUUGAUGGUGACCAUUAGUAAAUGGGAUAUCAGCACACCCCGCCAGAUGAGCUAUCGGUCGUUUGCUCCAAUAUUAAGAUUGAUAUCUGGCUGUGAUUCUCCUGCCAUUCACUAUUGGGCUACAUGGGCGCUGGCGAACCUUUGCAAUGUAGACCCUGAUAAAUACUGUAAACUAGUUUCUGACGAAGGUGGCAUCGGGCUAUUGCAAGGUCUUUCCGAGAACUCCCGAACGUCUUCGAGAGUCCGAGAACUCGUCGACAUGACCCUCGGACAGUGCCGGCAACACGUGGAAAACGUUUAGUUUUUCAGAGCCAGGAUUUAACUAAAGAGAGGAGAAAAAGGAAAAAACUGUCCUUUGAAACAGUUCAGCCUCUGUCCAUAGUACGUGGAGACAACUAUUGACAUUUCGCGUUACGUCUACGAUUUGUAACUACAAUAGCUAGUGCUUAUAAAACUGCUGUAGAAGCGUGCUUUUAGGAACGCGUUGAUGGAUGCCUUCUGAAGUUUUUGAUUUGUGUAAAUUUAGGGCUCUGUCGCUUUGGAAUGGCUUUAUUUAGGGAUUUCAUGUAAUUUAUUACGCCCAAGAGUAGAUGGAGUUAUUAAUUUUGAGAUCACCGUUUAUAUUUACGGUCACAUGUACGAUAGUGUUCCUUAAUUUGUUUUUCCGCUAACCUUGCACACUGCGUCGAGUGAUGAUAUGAUCAACACUAAUCGCAACUAUAUAGGUACCCUAAGAUUGGACUUCGAAUACGAGAUUAAGUUCGAGUACGAUUUUCGAAUUUCAAACCAGUGAUGUUUCCAGAGCCCUCGCUCUUCAUGCUGGUUUUAAGUGGAGUGGGUAGCUCAUAGGAUGAGAUGGGCUUGUGACGUGAUAAUUUAAAGUCGUACUUGUACUCAAAUCGUAAGUCCCUUAUUGUCGAAGACGAUCAUAACGAUAAUGAUGAGAGUCAGAAAACUGUCUACUUUGUCUAAGGUAAAAUAGCUUUUUUUCCCUUAAAGGGCAGCACCGUGCUUCUACGAAAACACGAAAAUGAUAAGAUAACAUGGCCCCUUAAGUCAGGGUGUGUGUGCGGGUAGGGGGGGGGGGGAGAGUGUGUUUUCGGAGUGACGCGGUUUGUUUUUUAACUGUGGCUCUCUUGAAAAGUCUGCUGCGGUCAAUUUAAUUGACUCAGGGCUUCAAGAACCGCUUGACAAUUUUCAGUUAUUUUCGUCUGAUAUUUUUAAAAUCCCGAAAUGUAAUUUCUUCUCAGGCUUUAAUUUAUAUCUCUAAAUAACAGACUGAUAGUAAACGCUAAAAUAUAAGUCGGUGUGGACGGUUUUCACUUGAGUGUCGAAACGAAAUUGGUUUUGCAAUAUGGCUUAAAAAACACUCACGCCACUUUGUCAGCCAAUCAGAAGUAAAACUAAAACCAACCGUGACUCACUCACUUAAGUUUUCCCGCGCUUCGCGUAACCU